AUGACUGUCGCAGGCAUGUCAACUGAGCGACGCCGUCGGGAUGUGCACGCCACGAUGCAUUUUCUAGAGAGAGAAUGCACUCCCGAGCAGCUCAAUGCCAGCAGGAGCCUUGCUACUCCCAACGGAUAUGGCGAGCUCGAUGACGCCAAGAGAGUCGUGGUACACGACGUCACUGGCAAUGAGGCUCACUUGACGCUGGACAAUUCUGCCUUUUGUUACGUCAACCACGAAAGCGGCAUAAACAUGGAAAUGACAGAUGAAGAAAUUAAGCUCAAAUACUAUCCCGAGACGGCGGAAAUGAUACAGAAGAUCACGGGAGCGUCCCUCGUCCAUGUUUUCAACCAUCUUCGCCGUGUCAGUCAUGGCGACAAUCCACAAGCACUCGGUGGGAAGGAUACGACACAUCAUCAGGCGUAUAAAGUGCACGUGGACCAGUCUUGGCAACAGGUAAAAGAACAUGUCAUGGCUGCAUUUGGCGACGAGAGCAUGAUGAAGCAGCGCUUCCAAAUUAUUAAUGUCUGGCGUCCGAUGCGUCAGGUAUACAAGGAUCCGCUCGCCGUCACGGAUAUUCGCACGCAGGAAUCGAAUGAUCUGGUUCGCAUUGAUGUCACGCUCACGGACGGCGUCAAGACGUCUAACCUGGCUGUGCGACACAACGACCGCCAAAAAUGGUACUACAAGCAUGCUCAGAAACCAGAUGAGCCGCUCGUGUUCAAACAAUUUGAUAGCGCCGAUCGCUCAUGUCUUGGUCAAGUGCUCCACUCAGCAUUCAUCGACGAGGAGUACAACAAUGGCGACCCUCGCUGGAGUAUCGAGGCACGGGCGCUGGUAUUCUACGAGGAUCAGCAGGGUAUCCAGCCAGAGGAGGUUUUUGAUGAUGGAUACGGUGCGCAGAUGAGUCGUUUAGGCUAUCACAAAUCUCGCAACGGCUGCGCAAGAUGCAAGCAAAGACGCGUCAAGUGUGACGAAGAGAAGCCAUGCUCGGCAUGUAGGCGGCAUGGUAUCCCGUGCACUCUCGGCGGCAGCAGCCCGUCGCAGGAUCCGGCGGUCCCUCCCGUCCGUCGAGUAAGCAAGGCUCGGUCGGCGCGCCGUGCGAGAGAUCGGGACUCUCCCACGGACAAAUUCCCCUACCUGACUAGCUUCAUCACGAAGCCGACGGAAGAAAGCACCCCGUCAGCCUGGCUAGCGGACCUGGAGCUGAUGCACCAUUUCACCGCCACCGCCUACACUUACCUGCCGCGCGGCGCGGCUCGUCAAAAUGUCUGGCAACUCGUGGUCCCUAGGCUAGCUCUGGAGCACAGCUACCUCAUGCAUCAGAUCUUGGCCAUGUCGGCAUUUCACAUGGUGACGCUGCAUCCGGAUCGCCGGGGGUGCUACUCCGUCUCGGCGACAAACCAUCAAGACGAGGCUAUACGAGGUCUGCGUCAGGUGCUGACGACCGUCAAUGACACAAACUGCCAUGCUGUGUUUGCAACCUCGUCGCUUCUUUGCAUUGGCGUAUUUGCGAGCUCAGCCGCGAGCGUUAUGCAGAAUGGUCUGCCUGGCAUGGAAGAUCUGCUUGAAGUAUUUUCGAUGCUACGCGGCAUGCACAGCCUCCUACAAAAGCAUGAGCACAUAAUAAAGGAUGGACCUCUGGGCCCGAUCUUACGACUUGACCAUCACCAAUCCGAAACGGCCCUACUUUCGUCGAUAGUGCGCCUUGCCAAAGAUCUACGAAUGCCCCGUGCCACUUUUCCGUCUACUGAGGCAUCAUGUCGCAACGCGGCGGAGGGUUUGGUAGAAUGCAUUGAACAUGCCAAUGCCAGCACAGAUAUCCCUGAACUGAGGGUGACAACGACGUGGCCGAUUGGUCUUACUCGAGAGUAUAUCGAUCUAUUGCGCUUACAUGACCCUGCAGCAAAGGUGGUUCUGUCAUUGUAUUGCCAAAUACUAGAGCAUGUAGGCUCACGAUAUUGGUAUCUUGAGGGAUGGAGCCGGGGCGUCAUGAGUGAUGCAGGCUGGACUCAGCAGUUAUCCAUGCGUGAACAGAUACCCAGCCCCCGUAUCUCGUAG